CAAAGUCGCUGGCUCCCCCUCCCCCGACCAAUUUUCUUUGGACCCAAAGCAAAAACAACACAAGUAUAUUUUACAUGCUACAAGCCAAACAUAGCCGAGCUACACAGAUAAUUUUGAUCCUCAAUCGCAGUCGGUGAGUUCGUUGAACCCAAUACCUCUCGCCAUAGUAAUUGCCGCCCAAUUUUGACAUGAAAAUCGUCUCUAUAUGCGCCUCUCCUUUCAUUUCGUCUUCUCCAACAUUGAUCUUCCCAAAGUUAACAUUCCAACAUUUCUUCCCUUCCUCCCAUCUCUCUUUGAUUUCCCCAUAUGUAAUAGUGUAUCAAAAUCUUGUUAGGAUCAGCAUGAUGGGUCAGAUGAAGCAGGGUAAUGAUGAGUCUGAUGAAGAGGGUUUUGACAUGCAAAUGAUUGGCAACUUUCUUAGCUUUGCAUCGAGGGGGGACAGGGUUGGAUUGAACCAGAUGCUGAGGAAGGGUACUUCACCCAAUGUUCAAGACUAUGACAAGAGGACUGCUUUGCAUCUUGCAGCAAGUGAGGGCCACGCACCCAUUGUUGAGCUUCUUCUUCAUUACAAGGCCAAUGUCAAUCUCAAGGAUCGAUGGCAACGCACCCCAUUGACAGAUGCAAGACUCUAUGGACAUCGAGAUAUAUGCAGGAUCCUGGAAGUAAAUGGAGGCAAGGAGUUCAUCAAUGAUCAACCUAUGACAGUUCGAAAUGAGCAAGACUCCAUUGAAUUAAAUUUUGAUAUUUCGGAACUGAAUUUGCAGCACUCUUCAAACAUUGAGCAGGGUGUAUUUGGUGAAUCGCAAAAGGUCAAGUGGCGAGGAACAUGGGUUGCUAAAACAGUAAUUAAGAGACACAUACAUCAUCCUGUACAAAUGAUAUUGUCUGCCAAGGACAACUCGCUAUUACUCGAGCUUCGACAUCCGAAUAUUUUGGAGUUUCUUGGUUCCAUUGUGCAUGGAGAGGAGAUGGUUCUUAUUACAGAAUAUCUGCCUCAAGGAAACCUGGAUGAUAUCUUGAAAAAGAAGAUACCGCUGGACCUACCAAUUGCUUUGCGCUAUGCCCUUGAUAUUGCUAGGGGAAUGAAUUACCUUCACGAGCACAAGCCAUUUCCCAUAGUUCACAAUCAUUUGGAUCCCAGAAAUUUGUUACAAGAUGAAGGCGGCGACUUGAAGAUUGGCGAGUAUUGGGUUCAAAUGUUAUAUAAGGAAAUACAACCUAAUCAAGACAACUGCCAAAGGAAUGAUGAUUCAAGCAUUACUAGCAAGCCAGUGGAUGAUACUAAGAAAGAUAUUCAGUCAUUUGGAUUUAUGUUUUAUCAGAUGCUUGAAGGAAGGCACCUGCUGACCAACACGGACUUCGACCUCAUACACCUCAAGUCUAUUGAUUUUGAGCCAAAAUUCCAAUUCAGUCGACGCUUUAAAAGAAUUCAACAGUUGAUAGAGCAUUGUACAAGCAAGGAUCCUUCUGAAAGACCCUCGUUCGCGGGUGUCAUAGAAAUCCUGGAAGAAGUUUCUGCAUCUAUGGGGAGACCUGCAUGCCCUGUCUGUUGAGUGCUGCAACUAAGUUAGAAUAUGACUUCAUUUGCUGUGACAAAAGCUUGACACAUCUACCGAACCUCGUUAUUUAGGGCUUACGGUAAUUGUUGCUGGCAUUUGUUUUAUGUUUGGUAAGAUUCACUGCUUCAGAUUUGGUAAUAUAUGAUAUCUUCAGCUUUACUUAA